ACUGGCCCAAUGAGAAUGCGCGGAGCUCUAUGGCGGGUAAGCCUAGCGGUCUCGAGACAGGGUUAAAAAGUGAGGAGAGGAGGGGGGUCCAGAACGAACCAAGAAGCAACGGAAAAGGAGGAGGGUCAAAUUUAUUAGACGCGCACCCGCGUGUCUGUUAUGUCUACAGCGGACAUGCAAAGCGCCAGUUCUCAAAACCAGCCUUUCAAAGCUGGGCCCAAAACCUAAAAAAUAAAAAUAAAGGGCGAACUUCUGGUGGGCUUUGCUUUCUUCUGAAGCAAGAAUUGCAAUGGUGGGGUGAGAAAUUAUACAUUAGGAAUCCAUUUUCUCAACUGUUCGUUGUGAAAUUUAGAUACAAGGAUUUUGAAGUCGUAAAUGUAUGUAUUGGGUUGCUGUGAGUUUUCCGGGCUGUAUGGCCAUGUUCCAGAAGCAUUUUCACCUGACGUUUCGCCCGCAUCUAUGGCAGGCAUCCUCAGAGGUUGUGAAGUUAUGUUGGAAAACUAUGCAAGUGGGGGCUUAUAUAUCUGUGGAAUGUCCAGAGUAGGAGAAAGAAUUCUUGUCUGUUUGAGGCAGGUGUGAAUGUUGCAAUUAAUCACCUAGAUUAGCAUUGAAUAACCUUGCAGCGUAAAGGCCUGGCUGCUUCCUGCCUGGGGAAAUCCUUUGUUGAGAGGUGAUUAGCAGGCUUUCAAAACUGGGAUGUACCAGCCCAAAAACUUUAAAAAAAAUAAAAGAUUGACAAUUAUUUCAUCCGAAGCUCUGCUUGCCAUUAAUUGAUUCAGGAUCUCCAGGUUCUGUUGUUGGCUUCUAAAUGUCUGCCACAGCUACAGUUUCAGAAGCAGAGGUCCCAUCAGUGUUAUGGGGCUUGAAUCCUAUAUUUUCAGCCUUUGCAAGAUUGUACAUAAAGGAUAUAUUAGAAAUGACGGAAUCUAAACAGGUGCCAGGUAUAUUCUUUUAUAACAGGCAUCCAAUAAAGCAAGUGGAUAUUCUUGGAACUCUUGUUCUAAUCAAAGAACGAAAUGCCUUCCAUACUUAUGGGGUGGAUGAUGGCACAGGGGUUAUAAGCUGCACCUGCUGGAAAAAUUCACUGGCAGAACAGAAAUCAUUGUCAGAUUUUGAAUCCUCAAGUUGUGGCUUGGAUCUAAUUGAGCAAAUAAGAAAGCUCCAAAUGGCAGUUCACAAGAAAACAAAUCUGCAAAUUGGUGAUCUAGUCAGAGUCCGUGGCUCCAUUCGGGUGUACAGACAGCAGAGAGAAAUAAAGGCUUCUCUCUAUUAUAAAGUUGAUGAUCCUGCAUAUGAAGUCCAGAUUGCAAGGCUGUUAGAGCUCCCACGUCUAUAUAGAGAUAUUUAUGACAAGCCAUUCCAGAUCCCUGAGGAAACAAAGAGCAGUCAAGGUGUGGCCAGCUUGUUUGGCUCUGUCAGUGUUCUAAGUGAAAAGAUAAGAGCCUUUCUAUUGAGGAACAAGAUUCAGAGCUUCUAUAAGCAGGAUUUGGAAACAGUGGAAGAGUUUGUAGAUCUGAUCAGACAGGGCACCGCUGCUGAACAAACAGAUUCCAAGCCACAUUCCUUUUCCAGUUUGAUUAGGGAGUCCUUUCUGGAAGCAAUAAGGAUUCUAGAAAAUAAAGGUGUUCUUUUCCAGAAAUCAAAGAAUCCCAAUGAUAUGUACUAUGUAACUGAGCAAGAUAGAGAAUUGCACAGAGUCACCCUCAAAGUCCUCAAAGAAGAUUGUAAAAGACCAAAAUAUGCUGAAAAAGGCUGCCAUCUCCGUCACAUUCACAAUUGUGUAAAUCAGAACUACAGCCCUUAUGUCACCGAAAUUGUGGUCCGUUGCCUCCUGGACUGGUUGGAGACCAACAGUGAUAUUGUCACUACCAUGGAAGGAUACUAUACUGUAUUUUAAAUUGUGGUAUGCCAUGCCUCCCUAGAGCCAAACUUUGUACAGCAGGCCCAGUAGAUAUAAUUUCUCUACCACAUAGGAUUUGAUUGUGUAGUUCCUGAAUUGUUUCUCAUUUAAAAGAUUAUGUGCCCUGACAUUCCUAGCUACUAUAUGUUACUAAAAAUUUCAGAAAAUACUGCUAUUCCUCACAUAACACAGUAUCUGUUCUAAACAUAAGAAUCUUUCUAAACAGAAAGGAAACUGUCAUGUUGUGAAUGCCCUCUUGUGGUUGGAUAGACGACAAAGCAACAUACGGAUGUCAUAGUUCAAUAAAUAACAAUGGCCUAAACAAUAGGUAGGUAACCUGUUACCCUCCCAGUGCCUUGCACUACAAACACAUAAUCUUUGACGACUGUGCUGCCUGAGGAUCAUGAAGGUUAUAAUCCAAAUAUUUGGAGGGUACUCAGUUGCCUACUACUGAUCUACAGGUAUAGACUUUUGGCAUUUCAGAUUUUAAGUCUGUGAGUUGAACUGAUUAUGGUUUAUGUUACAUAGACAUCCUUAUGCAUACUAUUUAUGUCUUCUACAUACUCUAAGAAUUAUAUUCAUUCUACUUCUAAAAAGAUACAGAAGUGCCUUUAAUUAGAUCCUUCUGACGCCAUAAGAAUUUUUCAAGUCCCAUAUUCUUUUUAAACAAUGCCUUUGUGUGCUCCAUAAAAAGCUUAUAUACCCGUUUCUAUCCCAUUCAAGGAAUAUUGUGAGAAAUGGCAGUCUAUUAGGAAAUUAUUAUCUUAUUUCCUGUAAGAAAUGGACUUAUUGUAGAAUCUGAGGUACCUCAUGCCACAUUACCAUGUGAUUUUUGCAUCCUUGUUUAACUUUGCUUUAAACUGGUUUUCUUAAUGUGAUCACACUUUUUACUAAUAAUGCUCCUCAGAAGAGGUUUCUUUCUAGCUAUUUCAGCAAAUACUGUAUGAUGUUCCAUAUUUCAAUUACCUUAUUUAUUUUUGGAAAGUUAUUUGGCAUUAUCACAAAGAAGCAAGCAGAGAAACCCUCUCAAGCUUAAAAUGCAUUAUCUCUAUAGAAAAGUUAAGGUUUCUGGAAAGCUGAAGCAAGUGUCAAAUUAAAUAUAAUGAUAUGAGAUGGAAAAAAUAAAAGUAUAUACAUUCUUGCCCACAGUCAUUUUAAAAAUGGGUACAUUUCGACUUCACCAUAAUUCAGUAUUGCAAAAUUGCUUCUACAAGUAGGCCAAUGCAUAGGACGAAUUCCAGUAGUAAAUAAAAUCCUUGUGCUUUUUGGAUCUCUGCAGGGAUUAUUCAAAACAGAAAGGUAACCCUGGCUACAUCUUCUGAUCUGGACAUAACAGGAAAGCACCUGACUUUACUAAAGGGUCUAGCAGGGCUAAAACAUGUUCAAAGUUCAAAGCUGAGGACAUGCAGAUAGAAAUAUCUAAUAUGCCACAAACUACCAGAUAGCUUGUUGCUCUUCUCCAGACUCUAGUUGACUAAGCUUACAGACAGUGAGCCAAGGAUCUGAACUAGAGGCUCUGGUGACUGACUGUUUUUCUCAAGAGAUAUGUCCUAACCUGUUGUUAUUACAAGUGUUUGCUAAAUAACAUUCAAUUUGUAAAAACCUUGUUUAAAAGAAAAGGACAGUGAGCGAAGAAGAUUCUGGAAGGUAGUUCUAUUGCCAAUUGAGCAAUUUCUUCUAGAACUACCAGAAAGAAAUUAAGUUAAUUCUGCAGUGAAAAGUAUGUGUGAAACUGUAAGCAUACUAGAAAGAUCAAACGUAUACAUAUAGUGUUUCAUGUUGGAGCAUCUUAUUCUAGGACACUCUUAAGAAUGUUCAAGAAUAACAUGCCUCAGUCCCACAGUGAUUAAUAUCUUCAUUUUUUUAAAGUUGAAACACACUCUGGGUCUUGUCUUUCUCCACUCUCCAUUACCUAUUCCAUAAUGCGGUUGGAAUGCUUCAUGUUCUACAGAUGCCCUUGUUUAGCACAAACAUCCUAGUGGCAGGCCUCAAGCAGAUAAGAGCUCUACAGCAGUGAUACCGUCUGUCAAGAACCUCUUCUCUGCUCCAGUGUUUCACAGUUUUGGCAUAGGAAUACUCUAUGUGUCAUUCCAGCUGCCGCGUGGACUUAUUUGUAAAUGCAUGACUUUAGCUGUCUGUUUGUGUGAAGUGAACAAAUCCAGAUCUGCUGUCAUUGUUCUGUAUCAUCAGUCUCUGACAAGAACAAAAGUAUUAUGUAUUUUCUUCUUCCAAUUAUUUCAGUCUUCAGACACUAGCUUUUGAAGGAGCCAGUAUCUUGGAGAUUAGUGUUUGGCCAUUUUUGGCAGUGAAUGAUAUGUUGGGGGAUGUUAUACUGUACUUCCGUUUUCUAAUGUCAAUCUUUGUUUACAGAAGAAAGCUAGUCGGGGAUUAUUUUUCUCACUGUGUUUUUUUUAUAUAUUCUCUUACUUUUGUUAACUUAAUUGAAAGGAUGGUGUGUCCUUUUACAUCACAGUGGAAAAUCUUUGCUUCUCUAUAUGUUUUUGGUUUAAAACUACCAUAAUCCCUUACCACACUGGCCAGAGAGAAUUGAAGCAUCUGAACGGUCAAGAAUUUUGCACUCCUGCCUUACAUCUUAGCAAUACGAACUUGUUGUCUCAAUAUUCUUUCUUAAAAUGUUCUUACAGUAAAAUUACUUUAUUAAAUAAAACAGAUGCAUUAUUACAUUACUCUAUUGAUAUGAAGUCUAAUUAAUAGAACUUGAGAGAUAUUAGUCUUCUGAUAUAUGUACAGCCAGCCUCCACAUUUGCUGGAAGACAGAAUACCUGUGGAAAUUUUAAAAAAUUCUCUAAACCUGAGACAACCUCUCUAGGAACCUUUACUUACUUACUUUACUUAGGUGAUCCCUUGUUGUUUGAGUGUGAUGGCCUUCGGUGGUGGAUACGUAGGUGACUGUAGAGCCCUAUUUUUGAUGUGCAUGUUCUUCCACAGUGAGGACAUCGGUUUCCAGGUGGAAGGUGGUCCUAAUCAGGGUUGGCUUCACGGGCCUUCCUCUUAGCAUAUUUCUCCCUUUUGCCCUUCAUUUGUGCCUGUUCCAAUUCCACAGCACUGCUGGUCACAGCUGACCUCCAGCUAGAGUGCUCAAGGGCCAGGGUUUUCCAGUUCUCAGUGUCUAUGCCACCGUUUUUAAGGUUAGCUUUGAGCCCAUCUUUAAAUCUCUUUUCCUGUCCAACAACAUUCCAUUUUCCGUUCUUAAGUUGGGAGUAGAGUAACUGCUUUGUGAGAUGGUGAUCGGGCAUUCAGACAAUGUGGCCAGUCCAGCAGAGUUGAUGGCAUAGGAGCAUCACUUCAGUGCUAGUUGUCUUUGCUUCUUCCAGCAUGCUGACAUUUGUCCGCCUGUCUUCCCAAGAGAUUUGCAGGAUUUUUCAGAGGUAAACAUGAUGGAAUUGUUCCAGGAGUUGAGUGUGACGUCUAUACACAGUCCAUAUUUCGCAGGCAUAUAACAGGGUUUGGAGGACAAUAGCUUUAUAAACAAGCACCUUGGCAUCCCUAUGGAUGUCCUGAUCCUCAAACCGGGUUUGAGGAACCUUUAGGUUUCUACUGAAAGUUGGCCAUAGAAUCACAGCAGGGAACCUAAAGAUCUCUAGGUCCUCCAGCAGAAGUUGACACUGGAGAAUCUAGGGCACUGGUUCUCAACCUGGAGUACCCAGAUGUUUUUGGCCUACAACUCCCAGAAAUCCCAGCCAGUUUACCAGCUGUUAGGAUUUCUGGGAGUUGAAAGCCAAAAAUAUCUGGGUACUCCAGGUUGAGAACCACUGAUCUAGGAGAUUCCUAGAGAGAACAUUUAUGUCAAAUCUAUGAACAAUCAAAUCUGCAAAAGAAAAACCUGCAUAUGUGGAGGCCUGAAUGUACCUUGUUGACAAAUGUGCAACAAAACACUGUAUGCAGAUAUGUAUCUGACCACAGUGUGGUGCUGUUGAUGCAGGCUUGAACUACAGCUGGAAUUUUCAACAGUAUUCCAUAAAAAGAUUUCUCUAUGCAUUGAAAAAUGUAAUAGAAUAUUUAUUGUCAUAUUCAAGAGACAGACAGAGCUUGAGAGAGUGAACAAGGAACAGAUAUGUUAAAUUAUUGAAAGGAAACCUAAAUGGAAGUAUGUAGUCAAUGUGCUGUUGGUAAACCAUGUCUGAUUUAAAAUAAAAUUAAUAUUUUCUUUAA